AGCUGUUUGGCAUCGGCUUGCAAAUCGUUUUCGCAAUUUUAUUAUUAUUUUGGAAAAGCACAUUAAAACCGGAAUUAAAGCAGUAUUUAUAAAUGGCUGAGGGUAAUUCCGCUGGCGGUGAGGACCAGAAACUGUCGGACAUAUUUUUAAGGGCCUGGAACAUCUUGGACGAACUGGAAGUUACCGACCUGCCUUUCAAUGGCAGUGAAUUUCAGAACAAAGUGAAGACGGCAAUGGGCCUUUUCGAGCAGGCCACCGUCAUCGUGAACCAGGUGAGCAUGUUCAGUGCCAACGAGAUGAUCGACGAGGUCUCCACGGAAUCGCUGCCCUUCAUGCUCCUGCCCUACUUCCUGGGCAAGCUGACCACCAAGAUCAACAGUCCCCAUAGCAUACAGGCCUUGGAGCUGGGCGAGAUCUACUUCAAGGACCACCUGCAGCGCUGCCAGGAGUACGAGCUCUGUGCGGGGCCCAAAUCACAGGUGGCUCAGGCGGACGGACAGGCCCAAAAGAGCGAGCAGCGGGAGCUGAUGGAGGCAGCCUACAAUAGGAACGACAAAAUAGCCCAGUAUCGCAGGAUGAAAGAGAUCGACGCGUACAUGGCCAAGAUGCGGGAUGCAGUCAAGAACAAAACGGCCGACGACGAGGACAAACGUGCGUUCUUCCUCAAGUAUUUGGACAAGAGCAUCAUAGACUCCAAGCAGGAACUGGAAUCGCUGGGCGUGAUGAAGCAGCUGGCCCAGAUGCGUCUGGCCCGAUUGGCUGGUGGCGAGGCCAACAACGAAGUGGACUCUUUCAGUCCGCCAAGUCAGCACCAACCCCCCGCAUCGUCCAGCUCCCGUGGACAUGGUCACAGCCACGGACCCGGACACCAUCAUCAUCAUCAUCAGCAGGCCGCCAAACAAAAGCCGCUGCAGCCAUUCAUUAUCACUCGCAAUGCCACGCAGAAGGCUGUGUUCGGCUUGGGCUAUCCCAGUCUGCCCAUCUUGACGGUGGAUGAGUUCUACCAGCAGCGCGUCGACGAGGGCAUCUUUCCCGACGAGGAGAAGGUGGCCAAGAUGAAUCAGGCGCAGGCCAUUGCGGCCGCCCGCGAUCCCAACGAACAAGAGGACGAGGAGAAGGCCAUCGAGGAGCUGCAGGAGGAGGAGGACGAUCCCGAGUAUCUGGACCGCAUGAGACGCAUGGAUGAGUACAAGGAUGUGGUGCGUCGCGGGGACGGAAACCGUCAUAACCGUAGUUAAGAAACUCACUCAUACAUUAUGUAUUUUUCUAAAAACAAUAAAAUGGGUUACCAAGUUCUGGUUCUAAGCCAGUGUAUC